UUAAUUCAUAAAAGCUUGAGUAAUCGGCUAGUGUAUGUAAAUUUCAUUGUUGUGGUUGCUGUCCACUAUAAAAUUUAAAAUAAAAAGCCAUGAAAACAUUCAUCAGAUUGCAGCUAUUAUUUUGCCAUUUAAUAUUAAUCACAACAUGCACAAUUUUGAAAUGCAAAUAUAAAUCGGACAUUGUGUGGCAAUCAUACAGUUGUGAAGUGACUGAAUGGAAUGAAGAGAAUGGAAAUUAUGCAAGAAUUUCGUCAAUUGAAGGUCAACAUUUUCCUGACUAUACAAAUAGCGAUGUUCAAAGUCUACGAAUUGAAAAUACAGACAAAAUUGAGCAUCUAACAAAUGAUAUAUUUACAAAAUUUAAGAAUCUCCGUUAUCUCGUCAUUCAUUCAACGACAUUGAGAUUUCUAUUACGCGGUGAUUUUAUUCUAGCAAAGAGCUUAAUGAACGUUCACAUAACACACAAUGCGAUUACAGUAUUAGAGGAUUAUUGCUUUCACGGUGCAGACAUGUUGAAAACAUUGAAUUUGAGAGAAAAUAGAAUUCGAGAUGUGAGUGAGAAUGCAUUCAAAGGAUUGACAACGUUGAAGUUUCUCACGCUUACAGCAAAUGAAAUUGAUUCAUUGCAUGCGACUACGUUCAAUGAUCAAAUUUAUCUCGAGCAAUUGUCGCUUUCGUCAAAUAGAAUUCGACAUAUUGAUGAGCGUUUGCUCAGCAAAAAUCGCAAUCUUGAAGUUCUCUUUCUCGAUAACAAUCAAUUGACGUCGAUCAAUGGAAGAAUGUUCGACAAUAAUUUGAAAUUGCGAGAAAUUUACAUGGAUAACAAUCAUAUCAAGCAUAUUGAAAAUGUGCAACAUUUUCUAGUGAAUUUGAAGAGUCUGGAAGUUGCUGUUUUUAGCAACAACAAAUGUGUUGACUUGAUGCUUUUCAUCAUGAAUCGCUUGCAUCCAAUUUAUAGUGAAGUUUUUCAGGGUUGCUCAUGAAUUUUUUUUUUUGAAUGCUUAAUAGGUUGAAGUUGAAUCUAUGCUGAAUUGUCUAUUGUAUUCUGUAAACUGUUAAUACUAGAAUAUAGUUUUAAAAAAUCUGAAUUAAAAAGCUUAAAAACGGU